AUGCCCGAACCAUUCUCUUCAAGCCGUCCCCCAUCGAUUGGGUCAGGCGCAAUGGAGUGCGUCGAGUACUCGUCUUCGCCGCCUGUGUCUUCUCCAGGAAUCUCGUUACCAGCGACACCAUCACUCCGUUCUCGCGGAACGGCUGCCGACUUUAUUCAGGUUGAUUGGACACUUUGGGGCCGCCAAGAGUGGGCCAAAUGGCCCGGAUUCGAGCGCUAUACUGGCGGUCAGGACACGAGGGCGUGGUGGCAGCAAUAUGGGUAUCGUGUUGAGGACCAUUCCACCUCGCGGCAGGGCAAUAAGCUCAAGUGGAUCUGUGCCGACUGCUUCGCCCGAGGCUUCAAAAAGAAGUCUGACUUCUGCUUCGUCUGCUCGACCGGAGCCGCUAUCAAGAACCACCUUCGCAACGCCCACGGGAUUUUGGCCCCAAACGACGUUGCCCGGGGCGUGCGAGCCGGCGUCGUCUAG